AAAGAGAGAAAGAGAGAGAGAGAGAGAGAGAGAGAGGGAGAGAGAGAGACAGCAGCGUCAGCCCACUCCCCAGCGAGGACUAAACUUCUGGCGAGAAAUUUGGUGUGACAGAAACAACAAAGGGACGUGGAAAAAGCUCGCAUCAGGACCACAGGCGGACAACAGCCCAGACAGAUCGCAGAUCACAAUAGCGGGGGGCCCGCAUACAAGAGCGUGUCCGCUGCUUUUUUUGUUGUUGCAAUAUGCAGCAGUCUCCAUGUAGCCUAAUUACAUUCCUCCUGGCGUCUCUCGGUUGCAACAGUCGGGAGUCUUUUUCUUCUGUUAGUUCUGUCAGAUCGUCAACAAACACACGCAUUUAGAAGCGAAGCCGAUAAUUUGACGACGGUCAAGUCCAGGCUGGGACGGAGCAAGUGUUAAAACAUGAGAAGCAAGAGACGAGCGCUGCCCAGAAUAAACUGAAAGGAAAAGAGCAGCGGAAAGGUGUGAACUGAAAGUGGACGUCGAGGGGAAAGACACCUGAACUGAUUCCAGAGGUGAAUGUCUUUUGAAGGGCCCUCUCCAUGGAUAUAGACACAGACUAUGAGCGGCCCAAUGUGGAAACCAUUAAAUGUGUGGUGGUAGGGGAUAAUGCAGUAGGCAAGACCAGGCUAAUCUGCGCCCGGGCCUGCAAUGCCACCCUCACACAGUAUCAGCUGCUUGCCACCCACGUGCCAACCGUCUGGGCCAUCGACCAGUACCGUGUAUGCCAGGAGGUGUUAGAGAGAUCUCGUGAUGUAGUGGAUGAGGUCAGUGUGUCCCUGAGGCUAUGGGACACAUUCGGGGAUCAUCACAAAGACAGACGAUUCGCCUAUGGCAGGUCAGAUGUAGUGGUGCUUUGCUUCUCUCUGGCUAAUCCCAAUUCCCUGCGCCAUGUACGCACCAUGUGGUUUCCGGAGAUCAAGCACUUUUGUCCCCGGACGCCCAUCAUUCUGGUUGGCUGCCAGCUGGAUCUGCGCUAUGCUGACCUGGAUGCAGUUAACCGUGCACGCCGACCCCUAGCCAAACCCAUCAAACCAACCGAUAUCCUUCCACCAGAGAGAGGCCACGAGGUGGCAAAGGAGCUUGGGAUUCCCUACUAUGAGACCAGCAUUGUUGCUCAGUUUGGAGUCAAAGACGUUUUUGACAAUGCCAUCCGAGCCGCCCUGAUCUCCCGUCGUCACCUGCAGUUCUGGAAGUCCCACCUGAAAAAGGUCCAGAGGCCACUUCUCCAGGCUCCUUUCCUGCCUCCUCGCCCGCCUCGCCCCAUAGUGGGCAUCCCAGACCCCCCUCCCACAGAGGGCGAGGGCCCUGAUUCCCUUUUCUGCCAGCCACUGUGUACAGAUGUUCUUUUCCUUCUGCAGGGUGGCGGCACUCGCGUGUUUGCACACAAAGUGUAUCUGGCUACUUCCUGCUCCAAGUUCUAUGACCUCUUCACCCUUGAUCUUGGCGGAUCAUGCAUGGGGCCACGGUGGGAGGAACAAGAGAGCAAAGAAAACUUGGAGAGUGGGGAGGAAGAUGAGCAGAGCAGGAGAGGAGCUAAAGAGCAAGCUGGGCGCACUAAGAGCCUGGACAUUGAUAAAGAUGGGGUUGAUGGAGGAGUGCGGGACCUGUAUCGACCCCAGUUGCUCCAGCAGGGCUCUUUGAGGACUUCCCAGAGUGAUAAUGCACUCCCCUCUCGAGCCCACUACUCCCUGGGAGCACUAGGGACUGGCCGAGCACUGUCAGGAUGGGGAAGGGGGUUCCUGAGUGUGUGUCUGGAGCAUGUUGAUGAUCCCAUGACUGGACGACCACGACUCAUGACUGUGGUAGCCAUGGAUGCGCUUAUACAGGAAGAACCAUUUAAGGCGGUGCUUCAGUACCUGUACACGGGCAGUCUGGACGAGGGCCGAGGGGAUCUGAUGCAGGUGGCCACCAUCGCAGAGCUGCUUGAGGUCUUUGACCUGCGGAUGAUGGUGGCCAAUGUUCUCAACAGAGAGAGCUUCAUGAACCAGGAGAUCACCAAGGCUUUCCACGUCCGCAGAGCCAACCGCAUCAAGGAGUGUCUCAAUAAAGGGACCUAUGCUGAUGUGGUCUUCCGACUGGACGAUGGCUGCCUCCCGGCCCACAAGCCCCUGCUCAUCUCCAGCUGCAACUGGAUGGCUGCCAUGUUCCGUGGCUCUUUCAUGGAAAGCUACAUUGAGGAGGUAUCCAUUCCUGACACCAGUGCAGCCUGUAUGCGCGGGACGUUGGAGUUCCUGUACUGUGGAAUGCUGACGCCCUGUCCUGGUCUGGAUCCCAUGGAACUGAUUAUUCUGGCCAACCGCCUGUGUUUGCCACGCCUUGUCGCCCUCACAGAACAGCACGCUGUGGACGAACUUCUCCAGUUGGCAGCAAAAGGAGGUGACAUUGAUGGACAAGUGUUGGCUUACCUCGAGCUUGCACAGUUCCACAAUGCCAAGCAACUAUCGGCUUGGUGUCUCCACCACAUCUGCACUAAUUAUAAUAGCAUCUGCCGCAAGUUUCCCAAAGACAUGAAGGCCAUGUCUCCAGAAAACCAGAGGCACUUUGAGAAGCAGCGCUGGCCUCCUGUGUGGUUCCUGAAGGAGGAGGACCGCUAUCUGCGCUCUCAGAAGGAGCGCGAGCGCGAGGAGGAGAUCUUGCGCAAGCAACACACCAAACGGGGCUGGUGUUUCUGGAGACACCCGUCCUCCACUCCGCACGUCUCCUAAAGGGUUUUCCACCA